AUGAGCAUUGGGUUGGGCGUGGCAAUCUAUGCUGCUGUGAAGCCAGUGCUUAAAAUCUACGUGAUUAUAUUUGUAGGUUUCCUCCUGGCAAAAUACAAUCUGGUCACGGUGGAAACCAGCAGGGGAAUCUCGAAUAUGGUGGUCAAUGCUAUUCUCCCUUGUCUAACUUUCAACAAAAUCGUGGGUAACAUCUCGGCCAAAGACAUUAAAGAAGUAGGGGUUUUGGUGCUUACUGCGUUUGUGAUCUUUGCCACCGGGGGUGUUUGUGCUUAUUUAACUAAAUGGGUAGCAAAUUCGCCGCGGCAGUGGUAUUGGGGCUUGCUUUUUGCGGGCGUGUUCCCAAACAUUUCGGACCUGCCAAUCGCCUAUGUUCAGAGUAUGAGCAAUGGGUCCGUUUUCAACUCUUCACAGGUAGAUCGUGGCGUUGCAUACUGUUGUAUCUUUUUAACAACGCAGAGCUUUUUGAUGAUGAAUUUUGGUAUGUUUAGGAUCGUUGGUUUGGACUUUAGGGAGCCCCAAAAGGAUGACGAGCAACAAGUCGAAAGCACCUCUCCCGCGAAUUUCAGUCACGGUCGAGCCGAGUCGGUCAUUACUGAUGAGCAUGGCAAUGCACUACAAAGCUGGCUGUCCGAUAAAGCCAAAUCCAAUGCUUCGGUAGGUCGUAACUACAAUACCACUGACGCAGGUUCAGUCACCGGUAAUAACUCAAGCCAAGACGAAAGGACACUCGAGCACGAGCAAGACCCUGUUCCCUUCGACGCGCAAUCGAUCCCGAGCAGCAGUUUGAGCUCCAACUCAGAGUACUCUGUGGACGCCUUGCCAAGCGUUUCGCGACGUGGCUCCACGAUGUCGCGUCGCACUCAAGGUCAUUCUAUGGCGCCUGUGCCAAUCCCAAGUCCUAUAGAGAAAAUGGCUACUGUUCGAUCAAACUCUAGCCAACGGUCCGCAGGGUCCCAAUCGAGGCGGGGCAAGAAACAUAGACGACCAUCACAAACGAUGAAUGAUGUUAUAAAUGAGUACAGCGCUGCGAGAAGGAUCAAAACUGGAGAAAUGGAUUUAACUCACCCACUGUCCUUAACACAGGAGGUGGGCGAGGAUAAUGCAUUCAGUCGUGAUGACAGCGACAUAUCUGAUGAUGAGAAUGAAUUUACUCCCACCAGAACUACCGACAACACUCUAUCGAGAACAAACAGCAACCGAUCGACCCGAUCGCGUAAGAAAGCUGGCAAGAUUUCAGCUAUUGUGAAGAGGUAUAAGCUGGGUUGGCUUUUGUACAUUUUGAUAAAUUUCUGCCGUCCUGCCUCACUAGGAGCACUGUUGGGGAUUCUGUGUUGUAUGAUACCUUGGGUCAAGGCUCUUUUUGUGCAUACCUACGUCCAUGUACACGAGGCACCCGACGGUGAGCCUGUACUAAACUUUUUAAUGGAUUUUACUGGGUACAUUGGGAAUGCCUGUGUCCCGCUGGGAUUACUACUCCUAGGUGGUACUUUGGCUCGACUUGAGAUCAAAAGCUUACCCAAAGGGUUUUGGAAAACCACCGCGAUUAUGACCACAUUCAGACUUGUCAUUCUUCCAAUUAUUGGUAUCGCGUGGGCAGAUAAACUGUACGACAUCAAUUGGAUUGAGAAUGACAUUGCUAAAUUUGUUGUUAUACUUACAUGGGCAAUGCCUAGUGCGACCGCGCAAGUAUAUUUCACUGCGUUCUACACCCCGCUAGAAGGAAAUCAUGUCCAAAUGGAUUGCUUGUCAGUCUUCUUCAUGUGCCAAUAUGCGUUUUUGUUUAUAACACUCUCAGUAGUGGUGAGCUAUGCGCUGAAGGCUGACCUCAAAGUUUAG